GUAAAGGCAGUAGAGUCACGCAAGACGGACUACCUUGGAGGGCUUAUAGCCAAACAGCAUGACCACGGCCAUCUUCAGGUCUUCUCUGCUCAGCUGCACGAUGUCUCAAGAGAGUCAGCACGGAAAGUGGACUUUGUCCAGCAGUGAUGACGAGGAUCCGCCUCAGCAAACCGUAUCUAAAGCCUUGAAUCGCCCCAUCCCCGCUUCUACAGAUGACCAUCACUCUCCACUGGGGGUGCAGCAGGAAUCCACCUCCUCAUCGAGCCCAGACGCAAAGACGGAAUGGCCCCCGGAGCCGCCAAAGCCUGACGGUGGCUCUGUUGGCUCUGAAGCCAGGCAAGCAGCCCAUUAUAACCAGCAGAACCCAGUAAAGUUUGAAAACAAAGCGCCGUCUGCCUCCACGAAGAGAAAGAGAGAGACGGAGGAUUCAGGCUGGGCUCUGUCGAGCAGCGACGACGAAGCUGCCGACUCCAGCGACAGAAAACGCAAGCAGCCGAGUCCCAAGAGAACAAAGGUAGAAGACAGACGGCCCCCGAGUCCCCACAGGGAGCCGGACUACAAAGAAGAGCCGGAGGAGUUCUACGAGACCAGUUUGCCUCCGAGUGACGAGAUAUUCCGUUUUUACCUGAACAAGGUGUCCGGCGUAGAGAAGAAGUACAAUACCGGAGCUCUGCACAUUAGAGACAUUCUAUCGCCGCUGUUCGGGACCUUGAAGGAGUCGGUGCAGUUCAAUUACUGCUUCGACAUCGGUUGGAUGGUGCAGCAGUAUCCCCCAGAAUUCAGGGACAAGCCCCUGAUGAUCGUUCAUGGGGAGAAGCGAGAGUCGAAAGCCAGGUUGAUACAGCAGGCACAGCCUUACGGACACAUCCGCUUCUGCCAGGCCAAACUGGAUAUCGCCUUCGGAACCCAUCACACGAAGAUGAUGCUGCUGUGGUAUGAAGAGGGGUUCCGGGUGGUCAUCCUGACGUCCAACAUGAUUCCACACGACUGGUACCAGAAGACACAGGGGCUGUGGCUGAGCCCCCUCUACCCCCGGCUCCCUGAAGGCAGCCCCUCGUCGGCAGGAGAGUCCCCCACCGGCUUUAAGCGCGACCUGCUCGACUACCUCCGCUCCUACCGGUCCCCUGAGCUGGAGGAGUGGACCCAGCGCAUCCAGGAGCACGACCUGUCUGACACCAGGAUCUACCUGGUGGGCUCCACGCCCGGCCGCUACCUGGGGGCUGACAUGGACAGGUGGGGCCACCUGAGGCUGAGGAAGCUGUUGAGCGAACACACACGGCCGGUCCAGAGCGAGGAGCCCUGGCCAGUGGUGGGCCAGUUCUCCAGCAUCGGCUCGCUGGGCGCGGAUGAGACCAAGUGGCUGGCUGCAGAGUUCCAGCAAACGCUUACUACCCUGGGCAAGGGCGGGAAGGCCCUGGGCAGCCGGAACGCGCCCAUGCACCUGGUGUAUCCAUCCGUGGACAACGUGAGGACCAGUCUGGAAGGCUACCCAGCCGGCGGGUCCCUGCCCUACAGCAUCCAGACAGCCCAGCGGCAGCUCUGGCUCCACUCCUACUUACACCGCUGGAUCGCCAAGGGAACGGGUCGAAGCCACGCCAUGCCCCAUAUCAAGACCUUCAUGAGGGCCUCGCCCGACUUCACCGAGCUGGCCUGGUUCCUGAUCACCAGUGCCAACCUGUCCAAAGCGGCCUGGGGUGCCCUGGAGAAGAACAGCACCCAGAUGAUGGUGCGUUCCUACGAGUUGGGAGUGCUGUUCCUGCCCUCUGCGUUUAACAUGAAAACAUUUCGAGUCCAGAAGAAUCCAUUUCCCGCUACUGGCCCCUCCACUUCUUUUCCAGUGCCCUUUGACCUUCCUCCCCAACGCUACGGAAGUAACGAUCAGCCUUGGAUCUGGAACAUUCCCCACACGCAGGCCCCGGACACCCAUGGGAAUGUGUGGGUUCCAUCCUGACCUGGAUCCAUGUUCAGCACUGGAGGACUCAGGACGGUGUCACUGCAGUUCACCUAUACUCACUGCUUUUUUUUUUAAGCUAGUCCCUUAGGGGACCUAUUCUGCUGUAUUAUUUUUUUUUUAAUGACCCACUGUUUAUCAUUCUGAAACAAAAUAAAUGGCCAUUUUUAUGUGCACAAAAUA